CCGGCCCUUCAAUUAGAGGAUAGCGUCACAACCAUACUCCCCAUUAAUCCGGUCACAUGUCCACACCAACCGCUCGCCACACACCUGGCCAGGCAGCUGGCCGCCCGCCACUUUUGCCUUUCUCCUUUUUUUUUUCCCCUCAGUUUUUUCUCUCCCCGCCAUGUGGACACUGGAGGCCUGGACGCGCCACGUCGACACCCUGUCGCCCGUGACCCCGUCACUCCGUUCCAUUCCGUCGAGCCUUCUAUAUAUACCAGCAGCAUCACAGCGCGCCAGAGGUCACCGUCGGCACCGUCGUCGAGCGAGCUGAGCCGAGCCGAGCCGAGACCACGUCCACGAUGCCGCAGCAGAACGGCGGCGGGUGGGCGGUGGAAGCGCAGCAGCAGGCGACGACGACGAAGCAGCCGGCGCGGCGGGGGCGGCCCGGCGAGGUGGUGGUGUUGCUGCUGCUGCUGCUCCGUGUGGGCGCGCUGUGCGCCGCCGCGGCCUCGGCCGCGCUCGCCGCCUCCUCCGCCACCGCCACGCUCCGGCGCGCGCCGUUCCGGUUCCUGCUGGCGGCCGACGCCAUCGUGGCGGUGUACUCGGCGUUCGAGGCCGCCGCCGCCGCGUGGGAGGUGGCCAGGGGCGCCACGCUGCUCCCGGAGGCCAUGCAGCUCUGGUUCGACUUCGGACACGAUCAGGGCUUCGGCUACAUGGCGCUGGCGGCGGCGGCGGCGGCCGCGCGGGACGCGGCGUGGUGCGGUGGCGGAGGGCGGGAAGGGUGGAUGACCACCGGCAGCGCGGCGUGCGUGCGGGCCGACGUCGCGGUGGGGCUCGGCUUCGCGGGGUUCGCCUUCCUGGCGCUCGCCGCGCUCGUCACCGGCUUCCGCGUCGCCUGUUUCCUCGCCACCGGCUCCCGGUUCCCGCCACCAGCCUCCUACUGAUCUUUAUACACAUCGCCGGCGUGCGUUCUUGUGUGUGUGUGAACGGCGCGUGGUAGAUAGUGAACUUUGGCAGCGUCAUGAGAAUGCAAGCAAAGUUCAGAGUAGUAGCAAUAGUAAUUUGACGGCGUACCAAAUUAAUGUAAGAUCAGACCAGAUCAGACGAAGCUAGCGCACUGGUAAUUACUGUACGUAUUAGUAGCGUGUAUGCGCGGUGCACACGUACGAUUGUGUGUCAUCACGAGCGAGUGUGAAAAUAUUUUUUGCUCCUGCGUCAAGUGGUGGCGUGCCAGAUCAAAAUUGACGAAUGCGUGGCCGGCGCUGAACUGCU